UUGAAAGUGACCCUGGGCUUGGGCUCCCGGGCGCGUGGAGAGGGCGCGGCGGGCGGCGGGAACCAUGACAGAAGAUGACCGAGGCAGCGCUGGUGGAGGGCCAGUGGAAGAAUAGGUGGCUGGUGCUGCGCAAGCCAUCGCCGGUGGCAGACUGUCUGCUGAUGCUGGUCUACAAGGACAGGUGUGAGCGCACCAAGGGCCUGCGGGAGCGCAGCAGUCUCACCCUGGAGGACAUCUGUGGCCUGGAACCUGCCCUGCCCUAUGAGGGCCUGGCCCACACUCUGGCUAUCAUCUGCCUGUCGCAGGCCGUCAUGCUGGGCUUCGAUAGCCAUGAGGCCAUGUGUGCCUGGGACACCCGUAUCCGCUACGCACUGGGCGAGGUGCAUAGGUUCCAUGUGACAGUAGCUCCUGGUACCAAGCUGGAGAGUGGUCCAGCCACUCUCCACCUCUGCAAUGACAUCCUCGUCCUGGCCAGAGACAUCCCUCCAGCCGUCAUGGGGCAGUGGAAACUGUCUGAUCUCCGUCGCUACGGGGCCGUGCCAAAUGGAUUCAUCUUCGAAGGCGGGACCAGGUGUGGGUACUGGGCUGGAGUCUUCUUCUUGUCCUCAGCUGAGGGAGAGCAGAUCAGCUUUCUGUUUGACUGCAUUGUCCGAGGCAUCUCCCCGACCAAAGGCCCAUUUGGGCUUCGGCCAGUUCUCCCAGACCCGAGCCCUGGGGGGCCCUCAGCCUCAGAGGAGCGUGUUGCCCAGGAAGCGCUGGAAGCCCUGCAGCUGGAGAAGCGACUUAGCCUGCUUUCACACUCUGGCCAGCCAGGCAGUGGAGGGGAUGAUCGAAGCCUAUCCAGUUCCUCCUCCGAGGCCAGCCACUCAGACGUCAGUGCCAGCAGCCGGCUCACGGCAUGGCCAGAACAGUCCUCGUCCUCAGCCAGCACAUCACAGGAAGGGCCAGGGCUGGUGGCUGCCCAGGGUCCAGGAGAAGCCAUGCUGGGCGCCUCAAGGCCACCCCUCAAGCCGCUGCGGCCUCGACAGUUACAGGAGGUUGGCCGCCAGAGUUCCUCUGACAGUGGCAUCGCCACAGGAAGCCACUCCUCCUACUCUGGCAGCUUCUCAUCCUAUGUUGGCAGCAGCCUGGACGUGUGGCGGGCUGGAGAGGAGUUUGGUUCUCUACUUAGCCUGCCUUCUGGAGCCAGUGCACCUGAGCCCAAACUGUGCGCCUGCCCACCCGGGGUGGCCGAAUACCAGGUGCCCACCUCGUUAAGACAUCACUAUGACACGCCUCGAAGCCUGCGCCAGGCCCCCAGAGACCCAAGCCCAGCCUCUCAAGGCAGCUCUGACCACAGUUCGGCCACGGACUUGGGUGGUCAGCCACCCAUGGGGUGUCCCUCCAGUUGCCUGGGAGCUCGACGACGGGGGCAGGCAACAGAAGGCCCAGGCAGUGAAGCCACGCUGCCCAGUCCAUCCCCUGGCGAGCCCUGGGAAGCAGGCAGCCCCCAUGCAGGGCCGCCUCCGGCUUUCUUUUUGUCAUGUUCAGUCUGUGGCGGACUCAAGGUAAAGCCCCCUCCCUGAGAUAGCAGGCUGGCCACUGCUGCCAAGGGCUGGAUAUGGCCCCUCCAGACAGGAGAGGAGGGGCCCUAGCCUCUUUGCAGAGGGGAUGCUCUGUGCUGUUGUAAGAAGCUGUCAGACCUGUAGCAAGGGCCUUAGGGGCAGGAUGACAACCACAGGACUGUCCUCCCCUAGGAGGGUGCGGUGAGUGCCAGUGAUGGAGGCUGGGCAGGUUGGGGUCAGGAGAGCCACUGAUCCAACUUCUCCCACUAUCUUCUUACCUUGUGCAUCACGCAUGGGGGUGCUAUGCCUGUGGGCUCCUGUCAUGUAUUUCCCUGCCGGGGGCAAAAGAUCUCCAUGGCUGGGGUCAGUUCUCAGUGACAGCGAGGCUUGGCCUGGUCCACUGUCUCUUCCUGGAUAACCACCCUCUGUCAUUCUUGGUCAUUUCUGCAGUGUACAGACAUACUUCCUACCCCAAAUCAAAUCUGCUGCAACUGCUCAAGACUCCCUAAUUCUGUGAGCCAGCAGCUCUGCGUAUGCAGCCCACAGACUGGGCACGGUCUGUAUAUGAUCUGCUUUGCCUGUCAUCUUGCAGCACCCACAGGUGGGGUCGGUGUCCCAUCCCAUGGGGAGGAAACUGACGCUCAGGAGGCUCCAUGACUUGAGGGGUCUGUGACUUUGACCCCCUCUGCACUUGAACCUGCUCCCGGGCUCCCGGAGGGCUCUGAGAAGUGGGCUGCCAGAGUCUGCGGCACCACCAAGAGGUUGAGUGUUCCCCAGAUGCCCGAGAUGAGUUUGCUGGAGGGUCUCUUGCAGAACCUCCCAACAGCGUACCCCUGUGCCUUCUUGCUGGGACCAGGAAGCUGGUGGCCAGGACCAGGUGGAAGAAAUCAGGGCUCCACUGGCAUUUUGGGGGGGCUCUGGCCUUACCCGCAGUUCACCCUGCCUCUGUGUUUGGGUGUCUCCCACCCCAGGCUGCGUGUUCCCUUGUGUGAAACAGAGGGGCUCUGCUUCCCCGUGUCAGAAGGUUGGUGUGGCUGUGCCCACCCUUUAUGAGUCCCUCCAUUGGCACCUGCAGUCCUGACCUGGCAGGCCAACUCACCUGUCAAUGCCUCCAUCUGUACCUGGCACCGUCGGCCAAUCCAUGUUGCUCUAUUGCGUUUUUAAAAUCUAUUUGUAAUAC